CUUUCAGAAAAGAAGGCAAUUGUGAAGAGGCGACGCAAUCCGUAGUUGAGAAUUAAGAUGCCGAUGAUGAACUGCUCAACAAGAGUGAUCCUCCUACUUGCCCUCCUUGGAGUUGUUCAUGGUCAGGGAUGUACCAAUACGUGCCCUCCUAUCAAUUUUGGUGUCGUAGUUCCCGCUUUGUGCGAAGGUGACUUGAUCGACKGAACGUCAAACAUCAACGGCGAGAAUGUUCAAGCAGAUGUGAAUCGGAUCUACGAUAUUUGUUAUCCCAACGACUCCAACACCGCUAGUUCCUUUCGCUUUGACGACUUUCGCGGGGUCAACACAGUGACAGUUAUUGCCAAUUAUUAUACGGGUUGCAAUGCAGGACGCCGCGAGAGUGGUGUCUUUGCUCACGUGGCACAGAAAUACUACGACAUUUACGGUCCUGACAGAGUCCAUUUCAUCCAAUCUGUCAAAGGGGGAGGUACUUGCGACCAAUGGUCUGCCAUCUAUCAGGAAGACGCGGAAGAUCUAUUUCCCGAAUCCGAUACUGUUCCCAAUGAAAUGCCCUGGUCGGUCGAUGACUCUGCAUACACGCUUCGGGACGAACUAUUCACCAGUCCCUUCGGGCAUCCUGCGUACGUGGUCCUCGACGGAAACCUGCGAAUAAAACACAAAUUUAUUGGUCCAUGCUGCGGUUACGAACGAUACAGAGAUUGUACUCCAGACAUUGCACGUACCCUUGACGAUACCCUCAGUGGUUAUCUUGACGCGAUCUUGAACGACGAUGAAUUCGAAUUGAUCGGUGGCACCGGAAGUGAAAGCGGAAACGACGAGAUUCCUUCGAACGAACAAGGCAACUCUGAAGAACAAGCGGAUGAUAACAUAGUAGAUGCAAAUUGUGAGUGGUCCGAUUGGUCGGCCUGUAGUAUUCGUUGUGGACCCACUGUGGGCCAACAGAUAAGAUACAAGGACAAAAGGUGUGCCGUUGCGAAUACAGAUAUUGCCAUAGAACGAAACAGUCCCUUUUUGGAGUUAUCUGAUUUGUUCGAAUCACGCCCCUGCCAGGCUGAUAAUUCUGCGAACUGCAACGUCGAAGAUGGUGGCCUCGCUUGCGUCCCGGAAUUCGGUGAACGCUGGCAAGUGCGUACCAUCGUAAGAGAUCUCGAUUCUCCUCGGGACGUCAAGUUUCACCCGACACCAGGAUACCAUCUCGGCAAUUCGACCGAGGGCCGAAACUUUGUCACACCAUCAAACAGCGACGAAGCAUGGGUUAUCAACGGAAACAAUCACACGAUCUCAAUCAUGCCUGCCAUUGAUACCGCCUACCAAACCACCUUCUCUAGAACCGACCGUGGGUAUUACCACUACAUGAUAAAUGGAACUGCCAUCAGUUUCAAUUCUGUCGCAGACAGUGGUCGAACCAGCGACCGAGACACUUUCAACUACUGGUCCAUUUGCAACGACAAUGCUAACACAUACGUUGGUUCAAAAGAACCGAAUUAUUUCAUGGGGCCGACGCUGUACAACUCCGACCCAAAAAAGCGCAAUCUCGUCAAUCGGCUUGGGGAACAAUGCGAUACAGCAUCUGGCUCAACCACCAAGGACGAGCCGUGUUACUUUUUGCAUUCCGACAUGCUUCACGAAGCGCCAAGUUGUCGGGGGAUUGUCCACGACCCAGAAAUCGAAACGGCCUACGGGACAGUCUAUUGGGCAUUCGAUUCCACCGGAAACCGACAAAACGGGCAGCUUGUGAGGUUUGACUUUCAGCAACCCCACGGACCUGGAUCGAUGGACCACUCAAUCGCAAGCGUCCGACGGUAUGUAGAAAUCGAACUGGAAACAGCCGAAGAAGCGCAAGAACAAGCAGGCGUGCAUGCCGGUGAGUAAAAGAACAGAAAGAAAGAGACAGCAUGAUCUAGAUCGAGUAGAACUACAAACGGUGCAUAAAUGAAAACUGAGAACACAGAAAGAUUUUCUGGAGCAACUUUCUCUCGUGCUCAAAUUCCGUAUUUCUUCUAAUCCAUUUGAUUUAUUCGUCUUUUGUUCCCUACAAUAUUACAUUGAAAAUCAAGGUAUGGUAAUGCACCCAACCCGAAGAGAAUUGUUCGUCGCAGUGCCAGGAAAGAAUCAAAUUUUGAGAGUAAAAGCCGACUCAGGUCGAUUCGCUCGAACAGGUAUGUUUCGUGAUAACUUCCUUUCUGAAAGUGUUGUCAAAAAGUAACCUGUCGCUUGGAUGUCAUGCAGAAACAUUGAUGUAACACAUAUCCCAAUUGUUCAUGUUCAUUUGAUAUAUAUCAACAGCACGAGAAGAAUACCCUAUCUUUUCAAAUCGUUUGCCAUCUUUUGAGUACAGCAUUUGGGAAUGCGUUGACAGCGUCGUCUUCGUUUCUGACAUAAAUCAACCGUCAGGAAUGGCGCUAAGUUUAGACGGAAAGCGUCUCUACGUAGCCGAACGUGGAACCGGAAUGAUCCACGCAUACGAGAUCGAGACAGGAGCUUUCCUACACAUGAUUCCUACAACAUUCCGUACGAUUGGUGGUAUGGAUUUUUCUCCAAACGGAGGAGAACUCUACUUUGUGGAUGACGAAACGAAUUCGUUGAACUCUGUUCGCGUAUUAUCUGAGUGCUCUCAAGACUACACACCGCGAACUAGUCCCAAGUAUUCCUCCGAAUUACAAUCUGCUCGUGAUGCUUUGGACGUAGAGAAUCCUUUCGAUUUGAUUCCCGAAGUGUGCACGGUAGACCCUAUUGUACCCAAUGCAUCACUGUUUGAACAGGUCCACGAUGAUUCGGGAUACGCGAGUGAUAAUCCAGACGUGCAGUCUGAAAUGGCUGGUAUGGAUGCUGCUGCAGCCCUUUUGGCCAAUCGAACCGAUUGCGAAUACGACAGUGAACUCAAUUUUGAUGCAUUGCUUCUGGGUGGAUAUUUUUGCCACACAUGUCUGCCAGAAAAGGAGAGAACUUGUGGCGACGGAGGAACAUGCACCAACGUGCAGUGGAGGGGAUACAUUUGCGACAACGAAUUCAAAAUUGUCGCUGAUGACGAAAGCAAUCUCCCUGGAAGUUACUUGUUACAAACUAUGAAUGGCACCAACGUGGAUGCCAAUGAGCUGGUACUGAAGCCAGGAGUUACAUAUAGAUUCUCUAUGGAAGUUGAGGACGAGGAAAUUUGCAUGACGACACGGGUAUCACGGAAGAAUCGAGAGGACUUCAAGGUCGGGUCUGUAUCUCGCAACGGUGGCACCGACCGCGAACGACUAUCAUCACUCAAUGCUAACGAUCGAGAGGGGAAUCAGCUAGUGACACUUGGAUGCGCAACAAAUAGUGUGUUAGUAUUAAAUACAGGCGAAUCAAAAAUGACUGGUCCACAGAUUUACGUUAACGUGUUGGGUGAUCCUGUAUUCACUGUUCAGAUGGAAACGCUCAAUGAAUCUUCUGCCAGCUCAGAAUUAAAGGUUGGAGGUUUCUUAGGGAGUCUGGUUGUUGCAAUCCUACUUAGUUUGGCAUAAAGAGAUAAAUUUUCAUUUUGAAUCGAUGAUAGUUUUGCACUCCCAGUGUUUAAAUUUUUAGAUUAAAUAUUUUGGCCAGCG